GAGUAGCUUUUCUUACCCCAUUUGUCAUUUGAUCAACGCUAGAUGACGCGAAAGCCGCUAGUACAAUGAAAAUCCACUCCACCUUCCAUUCCAUUUUGUAACUCAAAAUUUGUCAAAUGACAAUGGAGACAUUAGAAGAAGACGUUGAAUAUAAUUGGUCAGAUGUUGAUUUAUCGCCACUAGAACGCAAACCUGAACUUCAUAAAGAGACCCGAGAACGACGUCGUGGGCGUGACAUAGUUAUAGCCGUUGAUCAUGGUCCUGAAAGCAAAUAUGCCUUUGAUUGGGCCAUUGUUCAUCUUUGUCGUUUGGCUGAUACUCUUCACCUUGUUCAUGCUGUUUCGAAUUUGAAGAAUGAAGUUUUGUAUUCAGCUGCAGAGGCGCGUAUUGAGAAGCUGGCUGUGGAAGCUAUAAAUGUUGCUAUGGUAGAGACAAAGGCUCGUAUUGUUGAAGGAGAUGCAGGUAAAGCAAUUUGCAAAGAAGUCGAUAGGUUAAAGCCUGCAGCUUUGGUGAUGGGUACCAGGGGAAGAACCUAUCUUCAGAGUGUGUUUCAGGGAAGUGUUAGUGAGUACUGCCACCACAACUGUAAGGCUACAGCUAUUAUUAUCGUCCCCGGACAAUGUAUUUAUGACUGACUAAUUCAAGACACGAGCUAAGGUAGUGCUUUGUGAGAGAUAUUUGAUCCACUUGAUGGGGCUAAAGAAGCUGAUGAAAAUAGUGGUGAUCUCACUAAAUUAUGAGGUGAAAUGGAUAUUUUUCUCAAGACUCUCUGUUUCUCUGGAAUAUGUUUGUAUGUAAUAGCUGUCACUGCUUUGUGUAAGCUUACCAGGUUGCAUUGUAGAAAAUAGAGCUGUUGUGUCUUUUACAUUGUUUUGAUCAUCAUAGUCUUGUAUUUUCUGUUAAUUAUGAUUUCUAUUUUACCUGGUGAGGUAAUAAUGUGAUUUUAUUGUUGAAGGUAGAUGUUUUUAUUUUGUAAAAAUAUAGUUAUUUAUUUGAUCCACGUUUUUCUUUAAA